UAGAAAUUCGUAAUCGUCGCCGUUUCAGAACCUCACAAGUCUUCGACGUUAACGCUCGCGCGUCCACGACCGUUCGGCAACGCAAGUUCCGCGCCCGGCAAUUCGCGCUCUAUACCGCGGUUUCUUUUCUCUUUUUUUUUUUCUCUCUAUCCGUUUUCUCCGCGGAAGUUCCCCGCCGGACAACGGGCGUUCCGUUAGAAACCAUUGUUAUGUAGCUCCGUGGCCGUUCGCCUCGUCCGUCGUCGCAAACACCAACUCGCCGUGCUAUAAUCCCGGGUGUUCGGGAAUAACGAAACAAUAAUUAACAGUAACAAUAAUAACGUCCAACGACAUGAUGACCAAUCGGGAAGAACCGGGAAUCGGAGAUUUCGUCCUGUUGGACGAGAUCACGAUCGAAAAGUUCAUGGAGAAUCUCACGUCCAGGUAAGCGGGUGGCGCCUGUUGCCGAGCGUUUGCGAAUAGAUAAAACACAUUUGCAGUCCCGCGGACACCCAUUACACAUACCGUAAUAACGUAUAAACCCCCCCUCCCCUCCACCGCCCGCGGGAGCGGCUAAUAAAACAGAGCCGUUAGGAAAACCGACCGCGAUUUCAAAAAUCAACAAACCCCCCCCUCCCCGGCUCGGACCUUUUCGUUUAUCAAUGUUCGGCGCGGGUGCCGUAUCAGUAUUAAUUUGUCCGGCCGCGGUGAUAAACAUUGUUAUUAUUAUUAUUAUUAUUAUCUUUUAAUUGGCCAGCGUGAUAAACUCUGGCGCCGUGGACCGCGUAAGCCGCUAGAUAAGGUAAAACCGGCCGUCGCGGUCGUGCUCGUGACUAAUGAUUUUUUUUUUUUUUUUACCUACGGUCGGGCUCGAUUCGCAUUCACGCAGCAGCAAUGCCAUAUUGAAUAAUUACCGCCGGGCCGGCGGUGAUGUCAUCGCGGCGGGUUUGCGGUUUGUUAUUGUUGUUGUUUUUUCGCCGCGCGCAGUGAGUGUUGCGGCACCGGCCUCCAGGGCAGGUAGGCGAGAUGCCUACCGCGUAGCGGCUGUUCGACAAAUUCUUUCGACGUGGGUCGCCGUCGUCAUCGCCGCCGCGUCUAAAACGGACCCGGGACGGAGCGAGACGGUAAACUGACGUGAGAAAAAAAAAAAAACAAACAAACCGCACGGCACUCGCGGCGGCCCGCGCGCGUAACAGGCGCGAAACGCGAUAAAUAUCGCGUAACGUUAUUUUAUUCGUUCUCGUCAUUGUGUCGCUCCUUCGUCCCCGGGACUCUCGUCCCGUGGCCACGGUCGCGUGUCGGUUCCGCGGCGGCGGCGUGUGUAUCGAUGUCCGGUUCGCGCGGCGGAAACUCUAGAAAUUAUUUGUUAUUAUUAUAAUUUUUUCUCAUAAAUUUCCAACUUUUUUUUUCCUAUCUUAAUUCCCCGCUCGGCGAAAACGCAUUGCACGGGUCCCGGGCGUGUUCGCGCGACGGUUUUCGAUUACGCGAGAAACGCAAUCCGGCCGGCCGUCGUCAACUUUGACGCCGGGGAACGCGCGCUACGGAUAACGGACGUUUAUUGUUUUCCCGGCGGUCGGAUUCCGCGUCGCCGUAACGUAAUAUUUUUCUGAAUGUCAUUGUUAUCAUUACAGUUCCGACGGAAUUGUCGAGAAUUGUAUUCCACCUGCCGCUCUCCCGCGUGAAUAUUGCCGCGGUCCCGUCCGUUGGUCGUUUCAUCGCGCGUUCCAUCGGAAACCGUUGCGGUUUACGAGCGAGCAGGAGGCGAUUGUUGACACGGAAUCGACGAUUUUUCUCGGUAGCCGCCGCGGUGCUUAUUCAUACGGGUUUUGUUUUGUAUGUGUUUUAUUUUUAUUUUCUCGGUAUUCCACGAUGUUUUAUAUUUUACAAUGUUCGCCUGCCCGCGGAGUCACGGGCGGAUUAUUUUUUUUUCCGUUUUUCUCUUCUCCCCCCCCGUUUACCCAACGGCGCGCAGGCGUUUUGUGUUUUUUCGCUGGGUUAAUAGACCGCAUUAAAAAAAAAACUAAAAUGUCAAUUGUCUUGCAAAACGCGUCGGUAAUCUCUCGUUUAUUACGCGGUUACCGAACACCUACUGCCGGACACACCGACGCACACAACCGAUCACCGUAGUGUUGUGUACUCGCGGGUUCGAAAUUUCGCGACCGGGAGAACUUGCCGUUAUUUCGAUACGUUACGCGGUCAACGCGACGCGCUCUGUUAUUGGCGUGAUUCUCUGGGACGCGUGCGGGUGACGCGCGACUCGGAUUUUGGCCGCGCGACCGACUGUCGGUUCUUUUGCCUACGAAACGCGGCGCGUAAUCUGGUUUCGGAUCGUGCGAGUACAACGGUUACACGAUCGUUGCCAACUUUUCAUGUCGCGUGGAGUGGUGCACGAGCGUUUGUUUAAUUUUUGAUUAUUAAACCGAAAUCGUUUCGAACAAUGUUUCGUCGGCAAAAUGAUUUUGAUUUUUGAUUAGCUUGCUAUAUUAGAAGAAGAAAUUACGUUCAUAAAAAGUUCAUGAUACGUUUCGGUCCAGGAAAAAAAUUAUGGAUUUUCUAGUGUUUCGAUCGAGACACAUUUGUUUAGUGAUGUGAACAAAUUCCGAUUCGGGUCGUAGCCGCGCGCCCGUCGUCGCGGUGUCGGGAACCGGCUGCGUGCGAAAAUAGGCAAAGAAGUCCCAGCCGCGGCCGAAAUUCGAGUCGCGCGUCCUGAGGAAUCGCGCACCUUCAGGCGCCUGCUCUGGCGGAUGACGGCGUUGUCGCCGCACGCGCGCGCCGUAACGGCUCGGGGGAAAGAAAAAAAAAACAAAAAACAACAACUGAUUUAAAAUCCGUUUGAACGCGCGCGCGCGUUUUUUCGUUUCCUAUUGUAAAUGUAUGCGCCGACGUCAGUCAGUCCGCGUAACAUUUUACCAGGCCGCGAUAAUAAACGCCGGUCGGGUACAGCCGGGUACAGCCAAUAAUACCGAAAUCGCGUCGGUGAUUGGGUUAUAGCCCGUUGGCCGAGUAGUGGUUUUCGUCUUUCGCUUUUCUAUUGUUUCGACGUUGCGGCGGACCGCUCGGGCGCCUGCCCGCCCGCCGCGUCCGGCUUGAAUUCACGCGAAACGAAUAUGCAAUCCAUUCCGAAGAACGGUAAAACCGGUGACAGGUAUCGCGGACGGUUGCGCAUCUCAAGAAUUUAAACGUGUCGACGCGUCGAAGCCGUAGGUCGCGUGGAACGUGUAACAGUACGCAGGGGUCGCGAAAGUUCUCCAAACAGCGAGCCGUUAAUGUUUUCCGCCGAGAGCCGCUUUCGGGAAAAAUAUCCGGGCGUUUCCCCCCCCCCCACCCGGGCGUUUUGGAAUCCAACGGUCCGGCGACCGCCCGCGUUCCGAUUGGACCGAACGCCACGGUGGCCCGGGUUCAGACCAAAACGACCGUCGCGUCGUGAUACGCAACGGACCGUGAGCCGCCGAACGGUCGAAAUUAACGUUUUUUAUCGCAGUCUCGUUCGAAAUACCCGGUCGCCGCCGACGAUGGAAAUAAAUAGAGCGCCGAGUGGAUCGCGAACACCGUAGCGCACCGUGCGCUUUCCGUUUUUUGUAAGAAAUGACCGCUGUCUCCGGCCGUGCCGGGUUCGGCAUCAUUGUAAAUGGCGCGUCGGCAAAAAAAUAUUAUUUCGAAAAUUAUUUAAUUGCUCCGGCGACUGUCGUAAUCUCGUUGGCGUUUAUGUUUUUACCGACGCCGUUUUAUCGUCUACGAUUUUCAGUUGAAAAUGUCCGAAACGGCGUACACAUCAUCAUUUUUUCUGUUUGAAAUAAUGUUUGGCAAUUGUUGGUACAAUAUUAUCGACGAGAAUGAUGAGAAUAUUUUAUUAUUAUCAACGUUUUAAUCUCAUCGAAGUAGAAUUAACCUUUGUGUCUGUAAUAAAUUAUGAUAAUAACGAUAAUUCAUUCUUAAUAUGUUUUGCUCUGUCGCGUAUUAACAAUAAUUAAUAAUAUAAAUAAUAAUAAUAAAAAAAAAAAAACAAGUCGUUUUAAAUUAUAUAAAAUAUCCACAACUUAAAUAUACAUCAAUCGAAUAUGAAUUAUGUGAAAAUAUCAACAAAGUUGAAACAAAUAUAUAUAUAUAUAUUUAUAGAAAAACAAAACUCGAUGUGUACAGAGAUAACACUGGUUGUGUCUAUAUACGCGACCGUUUUUGAUAUAAACAAUUUAAAAAAAAAAAAAAUAAUCGUCAGAUCGUAAUAUACCGGAGGCGAACAAAUGCGUUUUAAUCUUAAAAUUAUAACAUCUAUAUUUGAUCUCUUAUGUUUCCUUUAAGUUCAAAAAAAUACAUAUUUAUCACUAAUGUACCAAUCUUAUAUCUACUUGAUAAUUGUCUAAUGGUCGGGUCGACCCGUAGACGUAUCAUGCAUUUUUCCGCUUAAAAUUAUUGAAAAUCCUAGAAAUGUAUUUGACCUUUUGAAUCGAUAAUAAACAACAUGAAGCAUUUUUCAUUUUAGAUAUUUGAUUAUUACAGUGAUGUUUUUUUAAAAACUAUUUCGUCACACCGACGCACGCGAGAGAAAAAAAAACAACGUACAAUAAUUAAUGACUAUUAGUUAUUAAUUUUAGUUUAUUAGUUAUACCCAGAACUGUAUUGAAUCCGGUACCCCUUUGCACUUAACCUUUCUAUAAUACAAAUUAAACGCCGUUAAAUCGUACUUCGUACGUAUAUUGUUUGCAUUAAUUUAGAUUUUGGUAAAAAAAAAAAAAAAAUAAAGCUUUUAUCAAAUUUUCAAUUUUGACAUUAUUUACUUAAUUUAAACAAAUAAUAGAGGCAUUAACAUUGAUUUUGGAAUAUACUAUAGUAUAUUUAUUGUGUUACGUGUUUGUAGGUGUCUGUUCUGACAAAAUUACUCAUCGACUUUUUACUAACGUUUAUUAUGCAGGUACUUGGGGUGUUGAUAAUUGGGUACAGAUAAAAACAAAGAAAAUCUUAACAAAAGCCGUAAUACGUAAGACAAAAUAAUUAUUUAUCAAAAAAAAAAAAAUAAUAAUAAUAAUAAUAAUAACAUUAGGCGCCUAACUACUGUUCUGUUAGAGUAAUUCUAUAUCCUGAUGUCAAACUUGAUAAAUUUCCCCUUGGCUGACUCCAACUGGUUUUAUUUCACUUUUGUUUCUGGCCAGCAUGCCCAUAAUAGACGAAUGCUCAAUGAAAGCUAAUCGAAAUAUCUUCUACGUUUUUGCCAUUUAUAUCAUCCUAACGUUCCAAACAAAUACCUAGGCAAGAAUUUAGUAUUUGCCGAGAGAUAUGUGUAGGUACCUACCUACUUACCUACCUAUCUGCCUACCUACCUACCUGUCAAGAGGUACUUUGCUACUUUCAAUUAAAUUUCUAACAAACUCGGGCGUAAUGUCAUAUUAGAUUGGCUGUGAGAAUUAAUAUUGGUCUUAUAAUCUAUUUUUUUUUUGCUUCUUUAUCUACUGCGAUAUGACUUAUCAAAUAGAAGUCGAAAAAAUUCGCUUUGAACAACUCAUAAUUUAAUAAUAGUUCAAUGUCAUAGGUUUUCUACAUCAUAUAAAUAUUGGUUCCACGUUUCAAAUUCAUUCCGAGUUAAGUCGUAUUAGUUUUAAUACGAUAAUAUGUCAUUUUGUUUGUGUGCACGUUUCAACUUAUUUGCACAAGUUAGGUAUCUCCGAUCAUCAAUGUGGGGUGGUUUCUGGUAGCAAAUUUCGUCUGGUUGUUGCGUUUGGAUUGUUAUUUUUUUUUUGAUUUACUUUUCUUAAUAGGGGAAAACUGUUGUAAAAACGGGAAUAAUUAUGUAGUAACCGUUUUCGAUUUUUUUUUUUUUUUUUUUUCAUAAUUCAGUAACGAAUAAUAUUUUAGACGUGAUACGUUCAAAAUAUUCCGGUGUUUUUGUAUUAUUUCUAGGCAUUUUAAACUUUUGAAGGUUUUUGGUUUUAGCCGAAUAUAACAUUUUUUCGACUUCGUAUAAUUAUACUCGAAUAUUUGAUUAAGCUUAGUUAUAUAUAGAAAAAAAAAAUUGAGCCUCAUUGUUUACGAACAAUAAGUUGUUCAAAUUAUUACAGUUAUUGUAAUUUAUGAUAGGUACUGGCGGAGGAGACGUUUGGUUGCAGUUGAAAUGGCCCGUAAAAGCCCGUGAGGACGAUGAAUGUAAUUUAUGUUGCAGUUAUAAAUUAAUAUAAUUUUAUAAAAACAUCGAAUUCCAUUCAGAAUUGUUUUUCGUUUGCAAUGAUUUAUCUUUGUAUACAGUCAAACUGUAUUUGAACUAAAUUAUGCUGUAUAUCUUACGUUCCCAACUUCUCACCUACAACAGUGGUCUACCAUUGUAGUUUUAGUAAUGGUACGUGUUUAUUUAUGUGUCUGUCGGCGAUACCUAAUUUAAUGUUCUCUCAGUAUCUCAAUGAGUAACACUAAUUAUUCGAUUUAUUUGAAUCGUGCGAAUCUUUUUUUUUUUUCACAUUAAUAUUAUUUUUUUUGAGUUUUGUACUUAGCUCAUUGUCCGUUUUGCGAUUAAAAAGACGCCACGCUCGCAUCUACUCGGUCUAGCUAAGGGGCGACGUGCGAAUACAAUGCUUACGCAGACUGACUAAAAUUAGCUUAAUUUUGAUUUUCUGUUUUUUUUUUUUAAUUGUGUUAAAUACUGUUAAAAAAAGUUAUAAUUAUUUAAAAAAAAGAAAAAAAAAGAUUUUUAUGUGCCUUUUAUAUCGAACUUUAUGUUUAGAAUAAUACGAAAACUCGAUGAGGUACCCUAUAAAAUAUUGUUUUCUAUAUAUUGUAUAAUUAGUACUUUUACUCUAAAAUCAAAAUUAAGCUGAUGUUACUUACUCUGCGUGUAAGUAUUGUUUUUGUUUUUGUACGGUAGUUGGACUGAGACAGUAGAUGCGGGUGUGGCGUCCUCUUAACUAAAUUAAUACUUAUUUUUCUUCUUGAAAUUUUUCAGUUUGUGUGAUUUGAAUACGUGUAAUCAAAAAUGUAGAAAAUCUCUUAAGUAUUGUUAUUGUCUAAAAUUUGUCUAAAGCAUACCAAGUACCUAUAUCUCGAUAGAUUAUUAUUUAUUUAAAUUGUAGUUAAAAGAUAUCUAGAAGAUAAUCUGAAAUUGAUUGUUAUAUUCUUUCCAUCGACUUUCAUUGAUUAUAACUUAUAGAUUUUAAGUAAUUUCUAUUUAAUUAAUGUAAUAAUAACUAUUUGAAUGCGCAUGGUUUUUUCUUUUUUUUAUUUCCAUUUAGUUUAAAUUACAAAUGCUUUUCUAAAAUAAUACAGGAUCUAAGUUGUAUCGAUUUUAGAUUCUGAGUUGAAGCGGCAAAUAUAUUGAUUUUACUAUAUUAUGUUUUUUUUAUUUUUACUGUCCGUUAAGUAGACGUAUUAUUAUUCGCGUGAGUUCAGAAGAGACGCGACUUUGUGCUGUAAGUUUUAUUUUACGAGCGAUUUGACCUAUUAUUGAAUUUAUGGAUAAGACAAUUAUCUAUGUAUUUGGCGCUUUUUUUUUUUCUUGAUUUUAAUUUUAAAGGAAGUAUUGGACAUUAUUAAAUAUUCUCAUCUUUAAGUUUGUUAAUCAAAACUAUCAGCUCAUUAACGUUUUUUCUGCUGAACGCAAGUUUACUUUGUUGUACGUUUUAUAAGACGGAGACAACACAUGCGGCUGUCACGCUCUUUAAAAUUUUUUACCAGAAAUCUGAUAACAAUUAAAAAACGACAGGAUGGAUUUUUCGUUGUAUUUUAGAUCUAGUUGGUGUAUUGGAGAUUAAUUUUCCAAUUAGUUAUUAUUGAUUAGGAAAAUCGGGAAAAUAAUCUUUAAGAUAUGAAAUUCUACAAAGAACUCAAAUUGGACUUUCUUGACGUGGCUAAUCAUUCUUCCGAUUUUUAAACUAUUUAUAAACAUUUUUUACAUUUUUUAUUUUUGAUUGUGUGGAUAAUACUGUUUUGGCCAAACAGAUAUGCUUGAAAAUUUAACACGUAGUUAAUCUUAAGUUUUAUUAGAUAUUAAAAAAAAAAGUCGAACGUAAUGAAGUAAUUUUUUUAUGAAUAUUUUAAGUUUAAAUUUUGACAAAAUCGUAAAAAUCAUUGCAUUUCAAAACAUUUUUACCGAGCUCAUUUUCGACGUAUUUCGUCAUCAAUGAUUUAUGGUUGCGUACAGAAAAAAAUUAAAUAACCAUAUAUUAUACGGUGGCACACCCAUCACUAAUAUCCGUUCUUUUUUUUUUUUUAAAAAUGCAUUUUAUUUGGAAGAAAGCCAAAAAAUAAAAAAAUACAAUGAAUUACCAAGGUAAAGGUUAAUACAAUAGAAAAUCCCGUUUAAAACUUUAUUGCUUACACAAUGUAAUUUUAGUCGAAUAAAACCAAAUUAAACACAGAUAAUAUAAAAAGGGAAAAUAUCAAGUCUCCCUGGGUAGUGUAAAACAUAACAUUAAAAAAAAAAAAAACUCCAAACUACUAACUUUAAAGACACAGGUAUAUCAUACAGUAAUUACUGGUAAUAACUGGAGGGAACGCAGCAAGAAUAAGUAAAUGUCGACAUAAUAUGUUUGGAAAUAUCCAGAGAAGUAUCCGUUUCCAUAAUAUCCAAUGAUUUUUGAUUUCUUUUUCCCUGGUUGUUCAUUGUCUUAAUGUGCCUGUUUUAUAGUGUAAUUUCACCUGUUAUAGUAUGUAAUGUAAGUUUAUAUUAAGUUAUUUUAAAUUGCUCUGUGGUAUACUUACAAAUUAAUAUAUAUAUAUUUAACCUUUCAAUUCGUUUUGUGUUCCAAAGUUUUUACAAGGUCGAAGUGUACGAAGCAAUUUAUAUAGUUUAUUACACCGUUGGUUUUUACUGAAUUUCCAUAUUUUUGUACAUUUAAGAGUUUUUAACUUCCGCGAUGUAACGUUCCAUUUUUGUACUUUUCAGACUUUUAAAGCACGCUUCUAUAAGUUUGUAAGUUCCGUUAAAAAAAAAUAUUAAAUGGUAUUUGACAAUGACGAUGUGAGAAAAUCGUUAACACGAGUUAGCUUUAUUUAAUAUUCACAAAAAAAUUAAUUUAAAACCAGUAGACGUUUGUUCGCUAAACUAAUUCCUAAGCAUUUACAAUUUUAUAUUAUAUAUUAUGUAUAAAUUCCGUCUCACGACGUUUGUCAUUUCGCGAUAAACUUCGAAACUACCUCAUCGACCUUGAUAAAAUUUUGCUCAAUGUGUGCCCAACUCGAGGGAUAAGAUAGUUUUUUAUUUCGAUAUCUACGUGUUUUCCAGAUUUAGGUACAUACGACACUACCCGUACUUUUUUAAUAUUUCGUGUAUCAUUUUUUUUUAUUAAAUUCUUAUUGUGCUGUAUACCAUUUUGUAUGUUAUUAUUUUUAACUUAAAAAAAAAAAAUUAAAUAAUUCACAAAUUCACAUAGAUAAUCUUCAUUUAGUCUUUUAAUUUAGCUUUUUUAAUAAAAAAAAAAAAAAUUAAAUGUGUAGUUAUUAUAGUUGAUGUGUUUUUAUUUAAAAGACAAUAAUUUGUAUUUAAAGUAGAUAUCUAUAUGAUGUAGCUGGUAUCCGUUAAGAAAUUAUGAAGAAAAGGGAGGUAAAUUAGGGUUUUAUUUUUUUUAUAAUUAUGUGUGAUAUAUUUGAUCUUAUUUUGAAAACUUUGGGUCGAUCUCCUAAACACAUUUUUAUUUUGUCACUCACAUAUUAAAUCGACUUUCCCUAAUCAACCUAAUCAUUAUCCUAAGCUUAUCAUCUUGUCUGCCUGCAGCGACGUUCUAAAACUGAACAUGAUCCGGUGGCGUUGCUUAGCCCUAAGGUUUGCUGUCGGUAUUGAUAGCACGAAUCUCCUCGGGAACAAGGUUCCCGGCACCACGGACAUUUUUUAAAUAAAUAUUGCGGUCUUAUCUUAUACCACAGAUAGGGGUGCCGGAAUAAUGGAGUCAACCGCCAUAAAAAUGUCUCUUAAACAUUGUUUUUUUUUUUGAAAAUCACAUGCAUGUAAUAUGUAAGUAUAAGGUAUACAUACCUUAUAUUGUGUAUAAGGACUGAUUUUUUUUGAUGGUGAACCAGCAAUUUUCUUGGAGGACUUUGAGUGAAUUUAAUUUGUUUUUAUUUCUUAUCACUGUGGAACUAUUUAAGCUUUAUUUUAAAACCAUUUUUAAUUUUUACUCCUACUAAAUUUACUUAAAUAAGUAUAUAAUUUUGUUUUUAAAAUAUGAAUUCCUUUUUGAUCUUAGAUUCGAAUAGAGAAUAUUUUUCUUGACAUUUUGAUAUGUAGGUACCUAUAACAUUUAUAUCAGAUAUACCAUUAAUGAGUUAUAACUGUUCAAAGUUUAGACCAGAAGAGUAGGGAACGGUAAUAAAUUAUCUAUAUAAUUUAUCUAUAAUGAUAAAUUGAUAAUUAUUCUUCCCUAUUCCUCUGGUUUCAACGUUAAAUUGUUAUAAUUCAUAAAUGGUAAAUCCUAUAUUAGUGUUAUGCAUAGAAAAAUAUCCUCUUUUUGAAUCUGUGGUUGAUGAAAUGGAUACUCAUUUUAGGUAUAAGGGGUAUGGAUGAAACAUUGAAAAUAAUGUUAAAAUAAUACUGCAAGGAUAAAAAAAAAAAAAAACAGGAAUCAAAUUCACUUAAAAUCUUUUGAGAAAAUGUUUUUUUUAAAAUUAAGCUAGAUUCACUAUGUGUGUAUUAUCUGGAAACUGUUGGUAAAUGGUAAUUUACACACAACACUCAUAAAAUAGAAUUGAUUUUAAAACGGAAAUGUUAAAUGUUAUCUAUAUUAUAAAUAAAGUAUCUAUUAUAUUUGAAAUUAACUUUUUAUUAAAGACUGAUAAAUAUAUUGCAAAUAAAAAUAUUAUAAUAAAAAAAAGUUUUAUUAAAGACUUUUUAUUCAAUACUAUUUCCAUUAAUUUCAAUCAUCUCCUAAAAAAAAAAAAAAUUAAAAAUAUUUAAAUUUUGAUAGGCAUUUAAAAAUAUAUUUAAUAUACUAAUAAUAAUUAUAAUAUGUUCAGCCCCCAUGAUUCAAUUUUUGUUCCGGCGCCAACAAAGUUUAUUUGCGGUUAAAAUACGCAAUUGUCAAAUGGCAAAAAUAAAAUAAUUUUUGUGUGGGCGCCAAUUCAUAUUAUUAAUGUAUUAUACAAUGUAUGUUAUAAAAACUUACAUAUAUACAUAUAUAUAUAUAUAUAUAUUACUUUAUACAGUAUAUAAUAUAUUAUAUAAUUAUAAAAGUCACGCAUGGUUUGCUUAUCUCCGAUAUUAUGAGAAUAAUACAUUUAAGAUUCUUGAAUUUACAUUUACUUUAGUAUUGUUCAAAUAAUUUUUUGUUUAAUAUUUAUCUGUUUUGUUUUAUUUAUGUUGAUUAGAUUUAGCUCUGGCUUUAUUUACACCUAUAUUGGCGAAGUUUGUAUUUCUGUAAAUCCAUAUCGCACUUUAAAUAUAUUUGGCCAAGACUACGUAAAUCAAUAUAAAGGUAAAACAUUAAACUCCUAUAUUAUUUUCUGAAAGUUUUGUUUUUGCCAAUUUUUAAUUUACCUUUUACACUUUUUAUGUUGUGCCCUAUGCAUGAAGGAAGAGAGAUUUUUGAAAACCCUGCACAUAUAUUUGCAAUAGCUGACUCUGCACAUCGUAGCAUGAAAAUGCACAAGCAAGAUUCUUGCAUUGUCAUUAGUGGUGAAUCAGGCAGUGGUAAAACUGAAGCAUCUAAAAUUAUCAUGAAGUAUAUUGCUGCUGUAACUAACUUAACUGGCCAACAAGAAGUAGAACGGUAAAUUAUAAUACCAAUAUUGAAAAAUAUUUCUUUUUUAAUUUUCAUAAAUUAUACAGAGUAAAAAACAUCUUAAUUCAGUCAAACAUCAUUUUGGAAACAUUUGGGAAUGCUAAAACCAAUAGGAAUGAUAACUCCUCUAGAUUUGGAAAAUAUAUGGAUAUAAAUUUUGAUUUUAAAGGAGAUCCAAUUGGUGGACGAGUGAUUAAUUAUUUGCUUGAAAAAUCUCGUGUAAUACAACAGCAACUUGGAGAGCGAAAUUUCCAUAGCUUUUAUCAGGUAUUAAAAUAAAAGUAAUAUAUUAUAUAAUAAUUAAUAACUAAAUGACUUUGUUUUUUCUGUUUAAAGGCAUUAGCUAAUACAACACAUAAAGAAGCAAACAAUUUAGGAUUAAAUCCUGACCCCCAACAUUAUUAUUAUACACAACAAGGAAAAUCCACAAUCACGUCAUCUGAUAAAUCUGAUUUUCAAGCUACCCUGAAUGCGUGCAAAACACUUGGGUUUUCGCCUAUUGACAUUAAAACCAUUUGGAGAAUUGUUGCUGCUAUUUUACAAUUGGUAAAUACUAAAGUGUUUCAAAAUUUCAACAAUAAUAAAACUAAAAAUGUUUAUAUUAUUUUUAGGGAAAUGUAACGUUUUCAACUAAUGAUGAAGAUACAAUAACUGUGACUAGUUCUCAUAAAAAUUCGCUUGAACAAGUAUCUAAGUUAUUGGAAGUUGAGACUAAAGACCUUUUAACUGCUUUAAGUAAACGUAUAAUUGCGGCUAAUGGAGAAGUAUUACAGAAAGCUCAUACAUUAUCUCAAGCCGAAGGUGGCAGAGAUGCUCUGGCAAAAGUAUUGUUAUAAUAAUGACUUAUUACUUUUUGUUCUAUAAAAAAAACAUUACUUAUAUAUUUGUCAUAUUAUGUCUAGGCAAUAUAUGAUCGGUUAUUCACAUGGAUCGUGGGCAAGGUCAACGAGGCCUUAAUACCAUACAUUGAAAAUAAUAAAUACAAUAGCGGAACUGUGAUUGGAGUAUUAGACAUUUAUGGAUUUGAAGUAUUUGAACAUAACAGCUUUGAACAAUUUUGCAUAAAUUAUUGUAACGAAAAGCUUCAACAAGUGUUCAUAGGUACUGCAAUGUUUAUAAGCAUUUACUAAUUAAGACAUGUUAACUUUGAAUCAUUUCAAAUUAUUUCAAUCAUUUUCUUUGAAAUAUUGCAUUAAAAAGUAAUAAUUCAAGUUCAGUACAUGUACUUUUAAAUUAAUUAAAUAUAUUUUAAAAGGUAUUGGAUUUAGAAAAUUAAAUUUUUGUGAAAUAGGCAUGUUAAAUAUGAAAUGUGCAAUAUAUGGAUUCCUAAACACAAUAUAAUGAAUUAAUAUAUAUAUUUAUUAUGUAAUAUUAAAUGCAUAGAUUUGGUAUUACGUCAAGAGCAAGAAGAGUACAAAAAGGAAGGCAUAGAAUGGCAAGAAAUUAAAUAUUUUAACAACCAAGUGAUUUGUGAUCUUGUAGAAAAAUCACACCAAGGUGUAAUUGCAAUAAUGGACGAAGCAUGCUUGAAUGUUGGGAAAAUAAAUGAUGAAGUAUUUGAAAUAAUCACACUGAGUAUAAUAAACUUGAAAUUAUUUCAUAACUCACAUGUAUUUGAUUAGAUGUUAUUGGAAGCAAUGGAUUUAAAACUUUCACAUCACAAACACUAUUCUAGCAGACAAAUUAACACAUUAGAUAAAGAUUUGAAACAUAAAACUCAAUUCAAAAUACGGUAAUGCCUAUAUUUAAUAGUAAACCACAACUAAUAACAUUCAUUUUUUUGUUGGUUUUUCUUAAUUGCUAUUUUAAUUUUUUAAAGACAUUAUGCAGGAGAUGUUGUGUAUAAUAUUUAUGGGUUUUUGGAAAAAAAUAAAGAUACACUGUUUCAAGAUUUCAAACGACUACUAUACUCGUCAAAGAAUCCCAUUAUUAGGGAUAUGUGGCCUGAAGGUGCCUUAGAUAUAAAAUCAGUAAGUAUAUUAUUAUAAUGUAAAACAAUCUACCUGAAUAUAACUUGAAUUUAAUUGAUUUUCAUAGACUACUAAAAGACCUGUAACUGCUGGAAGUGCAUUUAAAACAUCGAUGAUCGCUUUGGUUAAGACAUUGAAUUGUAAAAUGCCAUAUUAUGUAAGAUGUAUAAAACCAAAUGAAAAUAAGACACCUGUUGGAAUAGACUAUAAAAGAGUCGUUCAUCAAGUAUCUUAUUUAGGUUUAUUGGAAAAUGUUCGAGUACGAAGAGCUGGUUUUGCUCAUAGACAACCCUACAGUAGAUUUUUAAAAAGGUUUGUGUGAAUUUUAUACUAUUUCCAUUUAAUUAAAAUGCAUAAUAAGCUAUAAUGAUACAUUCAGGUAUAAAAUGAUAAGUGGAUUUACUUGGCCCAAUUAUAAAUGUAGCGAUAAAGAUGCUACCAGGGCUUUAAUAGAUGAAAAUAAUUUUUCUAACGAUGUCAAGUAUGGAAAAACAAAAAUAUUUAUUAGAUCACCUCAAACAUUAUUUGCACUGGAAAAGGUAUUUGAAAUCUUAUAACUUAUAAACAUAAGUCAAAAUGUCAAUUUUGUUUUCAGAUGAGAGCAGAACUAAUUCCAGCUAUUGUUGUAUUAUUACAAAAACAGUGGCGUGGUGCUAUUUGUAGAGCCAAAUUUAAAAAAAUGAAAGCUGCUUAUUUCAUAAUAAAAUUCUAUAGACGUUAUAAAAUUCGCUCCUAUAUCAAGUCUGUCCUGGAAGCUCAUAGGUGAGCUUAACAUUUUUAAUUUUAAUAAUAUAAUUCUAAUACUAAUUGAAUUAAUUUGUUUUAGAAUUUGUGAACUAAAUGCUCGCCAUAAAGAGUCAAUAGUUUGGCCACAGUCAAAUUUUGCUGUUUGUAAAUUGGAACCGUCAUUGAGGAUUAUAUACAAAAGGUGGAAAGCGUACAAACUUUUAAGUCCAUACCCAAGAAGUGAAUGGCCACAACUGCAAUGUAAAGUGUACGCUGCGUCUUUAUUAUUAGGAAAACGGCCUAGUUGGGGUGCCGAGCGCAUGUGGAGAAAUGAUUAUCUUUCGUCGCCAACAGAGAACAUAGAAAACGCUAAUUACACAGUCGCAUUAAAUAAUCUUAAAAACUCUGAUCGAUUUAAUCAAGUACUGACUGAUCAUUAAUUUCAGUAAACUUUAAUAUUAUUAAUUGUGACUAAAUUGUUUUAAUGUAGGUGUUGUUUUCGAGUUUCAUUCACAAAAUGAACCGUUUUAAUAAAUGUGCGGAUCGUGCAAUAUUAAUAACUGAUUGGGCCAUUUACAAGUUGGACAUUACCAAGUUUAAACCAAUGAAAAAAGGAAUGCCCAUACAAGAAGUAAAGCGGUUGAUUAAAGUAAAGAUGCAAGUGUAUAAUUUUUAUCUUUUUUGAUGUUAGAUUACUGGGAUAAGUGUAAGUCCUGGUCAAGAUCAAUUAGUUGUGAUUCAUUCUAAUCGAGGUAAUGAUCUUGUAGUAACUUUAAAAUCAACAACUGACCCAAAUGAAGACAGAAUUGGCGAACUCAUUGGAGUUAUCAGCACCAGAUACUUCCAGUAAGACAAUGUUUACUAUUUUUUGUGCAAUAAAAAAUAUUAUUUAUUUAAUUUAAAAUAACACAACAAUUGAAUAUGAUCCGUUACUCUUAUAAAUUUUACUCAAUUUCUAAGAUUUAUGUGAUAUAUUUUGUUUAUUAUUAUCAAAUUGAUUGUUUUGAAGAAAUUAAAUUGUAUUGUUCAUUUUUAGAUUAAGGAACUCGGAGUUACCAGUGAAUGUGUCUAAUAAGUUUAAUUGUAUGUUGGGCAAAAAAUCUCGAAUAAUUCGUGUAGAAGUGAAUCCCCAAACAUCAACUGCUAGUUUUCGAAAAGACGAUAACAAUGGCAUUGUAUUCAUCUUGCCUUCGAAUUUUGCAGUCCAUCCGUAUAUAAAAGCGUAAAAUUGAUCAAAUACCAACUGCAAGUUUUCAAAAAGAGAUGAUAACGAUGAGAUUGUAUUUGUCAUACCAACGAAUAUUGCAGAUGGUAUAUAAAAGUGUACAUUUAUGUGUCAUUGGCAUUUUAAAAUACACAUAUAUAUAUUUUUUUUAUUCAAACUUUUAACAUAUUUAUCGAAUACUAAGUCAAAAAUAAAAUAUUCACUAGUAGUACAAUUAAGCAGAACUGCAGUAUUAAUAACUCUCAAGUAUACAACAUAAAUUGGAACAAAUUUUAAAUUAUUGAAUGUAUUUUUAUAAAAUAAAUUAUAUUUAUAUUAAUUUGGCUUUCAGGGUGAUUUAUAAAAGUGAAUUAUUUUUUAAAGCAUUAAUUAACAAAAUUAAUUGUUGCCAUUGAAAUUAUGUGCCUUAUAUAUUUAUUUAAUUGAUAAAACUGUGAUUUAUAACUCUAGUUCAAUUGCAUAUUUCUAUACUAUUUUUAGUGCAAUUAUUGUUUUUUUUUUUUUUUAAUUUUCAUCACAUUAUUUUUUCAUAAUAUUAUUUAUUAACUCUCCAAUCUUCUUAGACAACUUUUUAUAAUCUUUAUGUUUAUACAUUUGUAUAAUAUUAAGUAUUUUAAGCAUUUAAUUAUGCCCAUUUCGUCAGCAUUAUUACAAUAAUAAUUUGUGUAAUAUUACAUUACCAUUACCAUUUUUAAAAAUUAUCCUAUAUUUGUAUUUAUUUUUUAUAACUCUUAGAUUAUAAUUUUUUUUUAACAAAUUCUGUUAAUUUGAAUUCAUAAAUUUACCUAUGUGUUUAAAUGUUUUAUAUUUUUACUUUAUUUCAUUUUUAAUCAAGUUAUAGUAACAAUAAUUUGUAUUUUAUAUUGUAUUACUGUUAUUACAAAUAUGGGAGAAAUAUAUAAUUUAUCAAUACCAAUUUAAACACAUGUGUAUGAGUUGUUUCAAAUCCUAUUUUUUUUGGCUUAUAUAAUGUAUAAUAAUUGUUUAACUAUUACACAAUAUUUAAUACUUAAGCCUAUAAUAUAUUGUUUUAUUUUUAGUAAAUAGGGAUGGUUGCUAAAAUUGUUACAUAUUUUAUAUUUUGUGUAUUUUUAUUCAAGUUAUUUUUCCUUAAAAUCAUAUUCCACAAUAUUUCAAUAAAAACGUUAUAUUUUUCUAUAUUCCUUUUUUUUUUUUUUUUUAUUUUACCAUGGCUUAUAUUAACUUGCUUGCACAGAAGACUUUAAUCCAAACUUGUGAUUGAUUUAUGAUCCGUAAUUUGAUCAGCUCGGCAUUUGUCGUGAAAUUAUAUUUUCUAUGGUAAUA